AUCUGGUUCACAUGGCCGUCGCCACCACCGUGAAUUAUGUCAACCACCGUUGCCAACGGUUCUCGUCCGCCAACGACAACAAAAACCUCCGCCGUGUGACUGCUUAUUUCAACGAUGUUGCGAUCAACGACGGUGAUAAACGACCAAACAAGUCAACGCGCCUAGCGAAAUCCAUCUCGAACCUCUUGCAUCUGUACAUCGAGAAGCCGUCGUUGAGAAAUUUUCUCCAACGUGAUGAAUCAGAUGCUGUUUCUCAAGCGGAGGCGAAGCUGGAGACACCGACGAUGUCGCCGAAGGAAGACAUAUCGAGGAUCUGGCGGGACAUCCAUGGCGGUUCCGAUUGGGAGAGUCUUCUAGAUCCGUUGCAUCCAUUGGUUCGUAGAGAGAUAAUAAAAUACGGCGAGUUUGCUCAGGCGACGUACGACGCUUUUGACUUUGACUCAUUCUCGGAGUACUGUGGAAGCUGCCUGUUUAAUCGCCGGAAGUUGUUCGAAAAGCUAGGGCUCACGAAACAUGGUUAUGACGUCAGCAAGUAUCUUUACGCCAUGUCACAGUUUGAAAUUCCUCGGUGGCUUGAGAAAUCCUACGUCACAGACACGUGGAGCAAGGAUUCGAAUUGGAUGGGUUACGUGGCGGUGAGCGAUGAUGUGGAAUCGAGGCGAAUAGGGAGGCGUGACAUCGUGGUGUCGUGGCGUGGGACCGUGUUGCCAUCCGAAUGGUACGAGGAUAUGCAACAGGAUCUCGAGCCUCUGGGGCACGGUGAAGCGAAGGUGGAACGAGGGUUUCUUAGUAUUUACAAAUCGAAGAGUAUCUCGACUCGAUACAAUAAAAAAAGCGCAUCGGAACAGGUGAUGGAAGAGGUGAAGCGAUUAAUGACGUUCUAUAAAGAAAAAGGCGAACAGAUAAGCCUCACGAUCACCGGACACAGCCUUGGCGGAGCGUUAGCCCUACUAAACGCUUACGAGGCCGCCAUGACAUUUCCGACCCUCCCGAUAAGCGUGAUUUCCUUCGGUGCACCUCGGGUCGGAAACAUCGCGUUCCGGGACGAGAUGCACCACAUGAGUGUAAAAACACUACGCGUCACCAUAAAACAAGAUCUCGUCCCUCGGAUGCCUGGCAUUGUGUUCAAUGAGACCUUACAGAAAUUUGAUGAUCUGACAGGUACACUUGAGUGGGUUUACCACCACGUUGGAGCAGAGCUGAAGCUCGAUGUCAGAGCUUCACCUUUCCUCAAACGUGGGUCCAAUUUCAUCGGGAUUCAUCAUCCUGAGACGUAUCUGCAUCUUGUGGAUGGAUACGUCAGUAGCACCUCGAGCUUUCGGUCGGAUGCUAAAAGGGAUGUGGCACUGGUGAAUAAAUAUGUUGAUAUGCUCGUAAACGAUCUUAGAAUUCCACCAUGUUGGUAUCAAUUGAGCAACAAAGGCUUGGUUUCCAAUAAAUUCGGAAGAUGGGUUAGACCUAAAAGAGAGCCUGAAAACAUACCUUCACCUAUUCAAGAAGAGAGUUAUGAUUUGUAGAUUGGUAUAAAUGAAAAUGAUACGAUUAUUUAUUAU